AUGGAGCUAUGGAUAUGGCGAUCGACUCAGAUGCCGAAGAUUCCCAACAAUAAAGUGCCGAUGGAUACGGUGGAGGUCCCCAUGAUGAAGAGUGCCACGGACCCCACUGUGGUGAUGAGGAAAUUACCGGUGGUCCUCCCUCAUCGAUUGAUUCCUCACUUGCUGAAGCACAACCUCGUUGUGCCCGACUUUGCAGCGAUUCGGGAAUAUUGGAGCCACAUGUUCACGCACGCGGAAUGGGGCCCCGAACAUCCACUCGCUGAGCAGGGGGGAAACUGCAAGCAUUUGCCAGUCUAUCUCUAUGCCGAUGAUGUGAAAUGGACAAAUGAAGAGAAACUCACCCAGGUGAGUCUAGGCCUGGUCUUAGAUGAGCGGACGCAUUCGAUGACCACGCACUUCCCCUUGUGGAUCCUGAGGGAGAUAUCAUCCCUGGCAGUCUUUGUCGACCGGGUUUUCGACCAUUCAGGCCUUUAUGAGGCCUGUCGCUUGGUGGUCGACUCCUUGAACAUUUUGUUCCGAGGAGAGGUCUGCGAGCCCGACAUGGAGCCACCGCUGGCCGCUCUUACCGAGCUAAGGGCAGACUGGAAGUUUUACAAAGAGACUUGGCGGACACCCGAGAACUUUGCCGAGGCCUGCACUAGCUUGGUGGAUGAUGGUGGAAGGACGAGUGUCAUCUCGGAGAUCCUCGGAUGGAGGCCCACGUUCUACCUGGCAGAUUUGAUGAACUGCUCCGAGCAGGCCGGCCGAUACCUUACGGACGCGGAGAUCCAGCGAAUGCGGCACUGCACGGAUGAGUUCCUGAACGCCUACGGCUGGCUCGCGAAGAUGCAUAGCUCUGGCUCAAGGCCGCUGUUUCAGAUCCGCCCCAAGCUUCAUGGCAUCCUCGAGCUCAUCCGUUUCUGCUCCGUGGAGAAGUACAACUACCGUUAUUACCACACGUUCGCGAGCGAAGACUUCAACGGCCGACUGGGUUUCGGAUCGAGUGUUCCGAUAGCGGGACGCAUAGCCGGUGACCCCGUGUGUCUACUGACACGACGCCAUUCCGGGCGGUGGAAGGCCGCGCUCCCCAGCUUGGCACAGGCGGCUUCGGGCUGCAAGGUCAAGGGCGAGGAAGCGAAUAGUCGCGGCAAGAUCCAAAGGGCACUCUUAGAAGUGCACCACGCAAGACCAGUCUACGCCGACUACCUCCGCCCUAUGGGACGCAAGAACCAAUGGACCGAAGAAGAAUGGCAAGCCUGGCGGUCAUCCUCAGCUCAAUAUGGAGGGUGGCACAAGGUCAAGGGCAAGGGCAAGAACAAGGAGGCUGCCCAUGCUCCAUCGAACCCUCGUGGACCGAAAGAGGCGGUGCGAGAGCCCAAGCGGCCUGCCUUCCCCUCCUUCGAGAUGAUGGACGCAAGCAGUUCCAGUGCACCGCAGAGGCCCAUGGCUCCGACACGAGUGGCUAUGGAGAUCGACGAGGAGCCGGUGACGACGAGUCAAAUGGCCCGUGGAGUUCAGCGAUUGCUGAAUGGGCUGCGAAAGUCAGAGGGCAAAGCUCGACGUCUGGAAGAGGAGAAGGAGGCCCUCCUGGGCAAGUGGGCUGCAUUCAAGGAAGAACUGCAGCAGAGCUUUGUCAAGGAGAAGGCGAAGUUCAACGAGCGCAUGACCAAGCUGGGGCAGGACUUGAUCGAGGCGGAGCAGGCCCAGGAAGAGGCCCUUGCAGGGCUUCAGUUGGCCAUCGCGGAGCCCCAGAGUGUCCUCAAGCCGAAGGUCAAGGUUCCGGAGGACAAGGAGGCGCUGGACGAGCUCGAGAACCUCCUCAAAUCCCCGGAGAAGCGACCGCAGCAGAGCCUGGCGGAUAUCUUGGCGGAUGCUUUGAACGGUGCGACCGGCUCAGAGAAUACGAGGCGGCAGCUGCUGCAGGUCAUCUCUGCGAGGAGAUCGCAAGCCAGUGCAGUCACCACACCGCCGCGAAGGACACGUGGUACUGCCGCCAGAACCCCGGAGGCCAAGGACAAUGCCCCCGCAAGACGCCCAGAGGAGAUGGAUGCAUCGUACCAAGGGGACACGGAAGAGAAGGUGGAGGUGCCUUUGCCAAGGUCCCCGACAUGCACAACCAAUGCCCCGACUCCGGAAGGACUGCGACGAUCCAAGUCCAGGACGGCUACACUCAUCCCGGUCAAGAUGCUUGGCAGACAGGCCCAGAAGACCCCCCAUGCAGGACCAGGUCUUGCCGAGAAGUUGGAGGCGAAGAGGGAAGCCGAGCUCGAGGCCUUGGCCCACGUCCUAUCCUCCGACGAAGACCUCCAGAUCGGGGACCUUGUGGGUGGCGGUGCUGGAGCAAGUGGAGAAGGGCACGAUGGAAGGGACAGCUUUCUUGGGAUACAAGAAGUUGUCAUACCGGACUGCACGAACAAUUUUGACGCUGUCGCCAACAUUGGAACCUCUUCGAGACCCAGGGCUAGUUCUUGCCCUUUGUGCUAUGAUGCUGAGGUCGAUGACGAUAGCAGAGAGACCAGGAGGUACCUGGACAACUUGACCAAUUUUGAUGAUGUCAUCAGCAUCGAAGCCUCUCUGCGACCGAGGGACAUCCCGGACCCCAUGAGACGAGGUAGUGAGGUUGAUGACGUGAGGAAAGACGACCAAGAUAAAGGACGACCCCUCGGUAAGGGUGAGGAUUAUGUCGUCUCGACCGGGCACGGCCCUUCGGGAGGCCACGACCGCGGGGGCGAGACUGAGAACAUGAAUGACAUCCCCCUGCCUAUCAUCGACCUCCUUGCAGGUGGGGCGGCAAUCCUUACAGAUUGGUGCAGCGAUAUGGCGGAUAUCAGUGCUGGCUGGGGACUAACCUUCUUCGGCCUCAACCUGGUUGCCCUUGCAGCAUUCUGUAUGAGACCAGCAGUACCGACCAAGGUGCGUAAAAGAAUGACCUUCACACAGCCUAGGCUGUGUUUGGUAUGGGGCCUGCUGGGAACACUGGGGCCAACAAGCCUCGCGGCUCGCAGUUCCCCGGAAAGCGGUUACCCCAGCCCGUCCAGAGCAGCUCCUCUACCACGUUCGGUGGCAGAUAUGACGUAUGAGGAACAAAUGGCCGAGAAUUGGGCUCGAUGGAUCCAUGACCUACCGUUGGAGCAUGGAGCCGGUGGAGUGCGACUACCGAACUACGCCAUCCCGGUGGCUGAGACCUUCCCGGACCCCAUGGAGAUGGACAUCGCCCGCGCUCAUGUGGUCUGUUGGGUGGCCACCCCUUAUCACGAGGUGGAAGUCAUCGAUGUUGAGAUGCUUUUCCCGAUGACCCAAGAACGGCUUAGGCACGCGGUGGCUGAGACGACUCAGCACAUCCCGGACUACGCCUCAGAGUACGUACCGUGCACACCGCAAAUAGGUGAUGGAUUUGCGAGCUUUGUCGCGGUGCCACCAUGGAUGAAGUCAACGGAGAGGGUCGUCCAGGUGAUUGAUGCAAGCGACAUUGGAGGGGGGAUCUUCGCCGCCUAUGUUGAAGGCCCCAUCACGAGACAGAAUGUCCUCAUGACCAUGGUGGAGGGAUGGCCGGAAGGUAUGCAGGCCUUUGCAUAUGGAAGUGAGAGGCCCAUGCGAAGCGGUCAAACCUACGACCCGGUGCGGGGAGGAGUCAUCAAGAUCAUGCGCCCGGGUGCGCGACCCCGUUGGCCUGAUGACCUCCAAUCACGGCUUGAUAACCCGCAGCUUUGGAAUCCAGGGGCCAAUGUACCAGGACCUUUGGACGGCCUCCACACCGUAUACCAGUCUGCAGACGAUCAAGUCAUUGAGGAGAUCAGUUCGGACGAUGAAAGAACAUUGGAGGUGUCUGCGGAGGAAGCCCUUCAGUAUGAACAUGGCGAUGUCUGGGUGGUGGUUCCGGAGGAACGGAUUCCACGGCUUUCGCACCUGGGACGCCGUGUGUGGGGGCAGAUCGCCGUCAUGGACGGAGUUGAGCAACGGGACAGAGACGCCCCUGUCAUCUUCAACGACCUUCGCGGUUUGGGGCUGUUCCCCCAGUGGACACAAGUUGAAGGUACAGUGUUCCAGCCUACGACCUACUACGAGUCCCUGCAGAUGCCUGAACUUGAGGGAUGGACCCUCAUGGUACAGGGAGGGGAACCGAGGGACGAUGGGCACAAUAUCGACAUCCAUGGUGGCGAGGUCCUCGUCUAUUACCUGGAACAGCUGAGGGAGACACCGGAGGAGACCGACGACAUGGAAGAUGACGACGAUGAUAGUUCUAGCUCCAGUUCCUCGGCCACUCACGAUGCACUUCCAGGAUCCAGUGAGCUCACCGAGCCCAGCUCAGGAGAGGAACCCACCAACUUUCCCCGCGGCCCUCCUCCCCCACGCCCUGUCAAUGAGCCAGACAGAAGCAGGUCGCCCCGACGCAACCAGGAGGGCGUGGACAGUAGUGAGCAAGGAGCUGAGCUGCGCAUACAAGAUUUUGUCCAUCCCCCAGUCUACGACCUGACCACGACUACAUUGCCUUUUCCCCACACAAGUGCAGACGUGUGGUCGAUGUCCAAACCAUGGCCGGGGGGAGCCCUCCGCGAGACCCAACCAAUACAGACAUUGCUGACCAGCCGAUGUGAAGGCCAGCCGCAAAUCCAUGUCUAUACGGAUGGGUCAGCGAAUGACAAACAGAGGACAAGCGGAUAUGCCGUCGUUAUCCUCCUAAAAUGGGGCACGGCUAUUGCCCUCUUCGGCAUCAUCGGCGGCCAAUUGCUUGGCAACGAAAAGACGCCGUGGCCGCUGGCGGGUCCAGCGGCUUUGACAGCCGAGCAGGUCGCGGUCGCGGCUGCCUUACUAUGGGUGGUGCAAGCGAGGACAAUGCUCCCCCACAUCGACUGCCGAUUGUAUGUGGACUGCCUGGCGGCAGGUCGAGCAGCCGAUGGUAGCUGGGCCCCUGUCGACGCUCUAUCUGUUCAGAUCCACAAUCUGGAGCUGGCCAUCCGUGCAACUGCUGGGGUCAACAUCAGCAUCGAGCAUGUCAAAGGACAUGCAGGCCACGGAUGGAAUGAACUGGCAGAUGGUGUGGCCAAAAGCGCGUCAAAGGGAGGUGCGACUUUCGCGGAGCCGCCUGUGGAGGCGUGCCGCACCUUGCUGGAUUCCAACUUGGACUGGCUGGGUUUCGAAUUUGCCAACAGACCGACAGCAGCGCUCAACAUCCACAAUCGAGCUCUGUGUUGGUCUGAAACCAAUCCUGCUACGGGCCAACUACGACCCGAGCACCUCAUACCGAUUGAGGACAACUCGAAUGGAGCGCCAAAAGGGCGUGGAAGUUCCUUCAGGAUCAAAGCCUGCACCAUGAAUGUCCAAGGCCUGGGCGGUAAUUUCAGAUAUAUGGAGGAGCAAUUCGAGCACGCCGCCUAUGGGGUCAUCAUGCUGCAGGAAACCAAGAUGCCAGGAGGGCAGUGCCAAAGCAAACGAUACAUUCGUCUGUCGUCUGACUCCCAGAGACAUUGGGGGACAGCGAUCUGGCUAAGUAAGACCCAGGGGCUUCUUGAUUUCGAGGGACAGACUGUUCGGCCGGAUGAGGCCAACAUCACGACGGUAUGUUCUACCCCACGCCUUCUGGCGAUUGUGGUCACGAUUGGCCAAGCCAAGAUGGCCCUGCUAUCAGGACACUGCCCCCACAGCACCAAACCAGGUGAGAGAGAUGAGUUCUUGAAACUCUUUGCCUGCACCCUGACAAAGAUCAAGCAUCUCCAGUUGAUCGUCUGUGGUGUUGACUUGAAUGGGCGGAUUCCAACGGAGUACCCUCAGGUCAGUGGGAGUCUAGAUUUCCAAGAAGCAGACUGCACGGGUGAAAAGAUGGCACAGGUCUUGCAGGACAAUGGAAUGUGGGUACCAUCCAUGUAUACGAACAUCCAUGUGGGUGACUCCGCGACCUACACCCACCAUACCGGAGUCGAAAGCCGCAUCGACUACCUGAUGGUUGGUGGAGCUGCAUGGGUCCGUUCUGCAAGAAGCCAUGUCGACGCAACCAUCGACAAUGGCAGCCCAAAUGAGGAUCAUAGGGCAGUGGCCAUUGAGCUGACCGGGGACAUGGCUACAGGCCAGCUGAGGGGACGACUCCGGCGGCCUCGCUAUGAUUUGGAGAAGCUCAACACAGUCCGUGGAAAGGAAAUUGUCAGUGAGGCGUGCAGGAAUUUCCGUCAGCCCCACUGGUGCACCCACCCAGAUGACCAUUGCCGUCAAGUUGAGCAACACCUGCGUACCACCCUGGAACAGCAUUUCCCUCGACCACUACAGCAUGGAAGAGCGACCUACAUCCCGGAGGUGGUAUGGGCUCUACGACAACAGAAGAAUCAGCUUCGAUGGCGAACCCGAGAUCGCCGUAGUAUGUGGAAGACCUUGCUAUGUGAGGCGAUGAGACGGUGGCGCUCCGGAAGAGCCCCAGAGGCCGCGCACAGCAUCAAUAAGCAGAUUCUUCUCUAUGAAGUGAUGGCGGGAGCCAUCAAAGUGGUCACCUACCGAAUUCGCCGACUCGUGGCCGAUGCGAAGGACAAGUUCCUGCGUGGGCUGGUUGCGAAAGGACCGAGUGAUGUAGCUGCCUUGCUGCAGCGUGCCAAGCAAGCAGGGCUUGGCACAAAGUCCCGGAAAAUGGUGGGUAGAGCCCUGCCAAAGCUUCUCGACCCGACCACUGGUCGGGAGGCAGAAUGCAUGGCGGACCGAGACCAAAUAUGGUUACAAUUCUUCGGGGAACAGGAGGCCGGCAACCUCUUGACUACCGAACGGUUCCUGCGAGAAACAGGGAACUCCCAGGACGAGAUUCGGGACGAUUGGGAAUGGAAGCACCUGCCCAGCGUCAGGGAGAUUGAGCAAGUACUCAGGACCACGGCCAAAAACAAAUGUGCAGGGCUCGAUGGAAUCCCAAGCGACCUGCUCCGAUGCAGCCCCAGCGAUUUCGCGACCAUGAUCCAGCCGCUCUACCUCAAAAGCCUACUACGAGGCAGGCAACCGAUACAAUGGCGUGGGGGCGUCUUGUACGAGGCGUACAAAGGUGCAGGUGCCCAAUGUGCAACUGACAGCCAUCGUAGCCUCUACAUAUCGAGUUUUGUCGGCAAGGCCAUGCACCGAACAAUGAGGGCUAAGAUUCACUCGCAAUCGGAUGAGUUCUUGCAUCCAUUGCAUUGUGGCAGCCGACAGGGUAUGCCAGUCCUGUUUCCUUCAUUAUUCAUUGUUGAACAUUUGCGACGAUGCCUCCAACAAGGUUUGUCCACGGCUGUGAUCUAUGUUGACACAAAGGCCGCCUACUACAGGUUGGUGAGGCAGCUCGCCACGGGAGACCUGAAGAUUGACAACAAUGUGGAGAAACUUUUCCAUCGAUUCGGACUCGAUGGAUCUGACGUCGCAGAGCUUCGUGAUCUCAUUCUGGAGGGCGGAAUGCUACAGAUGGCGGAAAUUGACGGACCCAUUCGAGCAGCCGUUCGCGAUUUUCUGCGGGACUCGCGGUUUACAUCACGGUAUACAGAUGGGACGGUUCUUUGCCGCUCGACUGCGGGCUCACGCCCAGGAGCCUCCUGGGCGGACACAGUAUUCGCGGUGAUAUAUGCCCGCAUCCUGUACCGUGUGCAUGAGGUCAUGGAAGGGGAAAACAUCAAUUUCUCUUUGCCAUGGGAGCCUGAACAAGGACCUUUUGCACAAAACCCUGCAGAGCACUGGCAGCCCGCGUUCGACACUACGUGGGCCGACGACAGUGCAUACGCCAUUCAGGCGGAGGUGCCGAGUGAAUUGAUCGCAAGAACAAAACGAGUGGGCUCCUUGAUCAUUUCGGCGUUCCGCUCACAUGGAUUGGACCCGAACCUCAAAAGGCACAAGACCAGUGUGAUGGUCAAGGUCCGCGGACAAGGGGCCAAAAAGACCCGAAGGGACACCUUUGAGUCGGGUAAGCCGGAACUGUUCCUCGAUGACAUCCGGGAAAGCCUACAGGUUGUUCCCUCAUACAAGCAUCUUGGAUGUGUGGUCGACUUGGAGGCAAAUUUGCACCUGGAAGUUAGACACCGAACAGCCUUGGCGUCGGCUGCCUACGACCAGGCAAAGGAUCUCCUUUUGCAGAACAGAGACCUGACCCUGCAGACGAGGUCUGCACUGUUCCAGACUGCUGUCGUGGCCACCUACCACAAUUUGGCGGUGUGGAUAACUAGGGGCCCACACUGGGACAAGAUGGAGGAUGCCUUCUCCCGACUUGUCCGAAGGCUCCUCUGUAGAGAUAUCCCUGGCUCCGACCUCUUCCGUGUGCCGCUACAGUUGGCGCACUGGGCUACCGGAUGCUGGACGUUGGGCAUGUUUGCACGGAGAAGUAGACUAUCUGCCCUGGUAUCCCUGGCAAGACGUGGCCCCCCAAUUCUGUGGGCAAUGCUACAGAAUGAGGCAGAGUGGUGCCAGCAGGUGACUCAUGACCUUGAGUGGCUUGUUCAAGGCGAGAGUGACAAGUGGCCCAGUGUGGUCGCAGAGGCUUGGCCACAGUGGUGGCAUGUCCUACGUGACCAGCCCCAGGCUGUAAAACGGCGGGCAAAGAGACAGCAACACCGAGACUUUGAGCUCUACAAACAGGCUGCUGCUGUUGAUGUCUGCCAAUGGUACAUGUACCGACAGCUGCCGAUGAUCGACGCCCCUGAUCAAUUACCGUCCUUGUGGACGUGCGGCAUUUGCGACAAAUCCUUUGGAAAGAAAUCGGCCUUGAGUGUGCACUUCUUCAGCACACACGGCAGACGAGCGGAGUACCGAGCAUUUCUCAAAGGGUCCAUAUGCCAGAGCUGCCACAAGGACUUCAGAACCCCGGGCAGAUUGGAGGAUCACCUACGAGCCAACAAAAAGUGCGUGCGGGCACUUAAGCGAUCCCAGGUGCCCUCCGAGACUGUGCCGCCGGGAUAUGGCAGCAGAGGGCGAAGGAAGCAGGAAGCUGAUGCCUACACGCCGGCUCCGCCGACGGCUGGAGAUGUGGUUGUCACGGACGAGUCUGACGAAGACUGGAACCAGUGGCAGCGGCGACUCCAUGAGGAUAUCUGCGACGCUCUGCUUCGACCCUUUUCGCCGAGUGAGAUUGGGGCGACCAUCGAAAGACAGGUGCGACGGCAUCCGCUCUACUACAACGAGAUCCGCGAAGUCUUGCUGUACAUCAUCGAGGAGACCGAAGUGGUGUUCGCGGACAAGGACCUCGACCAGUGGAGCGCCCAGCAGUUUGUUGGGAUGAGGGAUGGCCUACAGCGCCUUGCCAAAGAUGGAGUACAAGGAACUUCGAAGACUCAGCGCGAGUCUCAAAUCCUGCAAUCGAUGGCAGAGUUCCGCAGAACAGUCGAUUCUUUCGACUGGGACGCCGCAGUCAAGCGGCACCAGGGAGACAACGGGACCCAGAGCACACCAGUGUAUAGCAUCCCUGAUGACUGGGAAACUGCGUGGAAACAGGGUUGUAGUGGUGUGCUUAACGCAGUCGUGGUCAAAGAUCCCCUGCUUCUACUCCCUAAGGAACUACGGGCGGCGUGGCAAGAUUUCCAAGACGGAAAAUGGCCGAUUGUACAUGGGCCCCCGAGUUUCUGGAGACACUCCCUGGCAAAGCCUUUUCUGCCAUUCAGGGAGAAGUGCAACUAA